CGCGCACCAGUCGUAAAGGUGUUUUCUAGCCGGGAGGUCAUCAACUGAUUCCGAAAUGAUAGUUUAUCUUAUUCUGCUGGCGGUCGCUCUCGGAUUCUUCUGGUUCCGAGGUAAAUAUUCCUAUUGGAAGGAACGCAAUGUUCCGUUCGUGGAGCCCAGCUUCCCGUUCGGAAGUUUGAAAGGUAUGAACAAACGACAUCUGGCCAUGCUUGCCCAAGAUUUGUACAACGAACUUAAAGAUUCUGGAAAGAAAUUUGGUGGAAUUUGGUUUUUCGUGAACCCGGUUGCACUUAUUUUGGAUCUGGACUUCGCCAAGGAUGUGUUCGUGAAAGACUUUCAGUACUUCCAUGAUCGAGGUUUGUACAGCAACGAGAAGGCCGAUCCCAUUUCGGCCCAUUUGGUGACAUUGGAGGGAUCCAAGUGGAAAAACAUGAGAUCUAAACUGACGCCGACUUUCACAUCCGGAAAGAUGAAAAUGAUGUUUCCAACAUUGGUUCGAGUAUCAGAUGAAUUCAUCGAGUGUUUGGAAUGUGAGGCUGCCAAAGGUGUUGAAGUGGAGAUGAAAGACUUUUUGGCGAGGUUCACCACCGAUAUCAUCGGAAAUUGUGCCUUUGGACUGGAGUGUAAUAGCCUUAAAAAUCCGGACGCCGAUUUCAGGAUCAUGGGAAGAAAAGCCUUGUCAAUGACACCGAUGAUAUUUCUUAGAAGGAUGAUGGCCAUAACGUUCAAAGGUCUCGCCAGAAAAUUGAACGUAAGAACUACUGACCCUGAAGUUGCACAAUUUUUCAUCAAAGCUGUAGAGGACACGAUCGAUUAUCGAGAAAAGAAUAACAUACAACGAAAUGACUUUAUGGAUUUGAUGAUCAAGUUGAAAAAUUCUGAACCUCUUGAGGACGCCAACUCCAGUCAGCUAGGACCGAUCACCAUUAACGAGAUCGUCGCCCAGUCAUUUGUGUUUUUUGUAGGAGGAUUUGAAACAUCCGCAACUACGAUGAGCUAUUGUUUGUAUGAGCUAGCUCGUAAUCAGGAAGUACAAUCUAGGGCGAGGGAAAACGUUUUGCAAAUUCUGCAAAAACAUGGAUCCCUGACGUACGAAGCUGUUCACGAGAUGCGAUACAUUGAAAAUUGUAUCAAUGAAUCUCUUCGGAUGUACCCUCCACUGCCGAAUCUUUUGCGAGAAACCACCAAAGACUACCAUGUCCCGGAAAUGAACGUCACCCUCCAGAAAAACUACCAGGUCCUCCUCCCGGUCUACGCGAUUCAUCAUGAUCCCCGGUACCAUCCGGAUCCGGAAACUUUCAACCCGGAUCGUUUUAAUCCCGAUCAAUCGGCCAACCGACAUCCGAUGGCAUUCGUUCCGUUUGGGGAAGGUCCCCGGAAUUGUAUCGGGCUGCGGUUCGGUAUGAUGCAGGCACGAGUUGGGCUCGCGGUGCUGCUCAAAAACUUCCGGUUCCGGCUGUCCCCCAAAACGCCGGUUCCACUGAAGAUUGUGGCCAACAGUUCGGUGCUCACCUCCGAAGGCGGCCUCUGGUUGCAUAUUGAGCGAUUGUGAGGCGCUUGAAUAGGUGAAUUCAAUCACCUUUCAAAUUUAAGGUUGAUGUAUUUGAA